AUGGCAGGGCGCCCAGGUGUAAAUCCAAGGAGCUUAGUGAACCAGGACACUCUCGGGUCACGAGAAAAGUGCAGGCGCAGGGCGCAACAGGUCUUGGAGAAGGGGGGGCGAGUCCUCAUUGACAGGUGCAACUUCGACCAAUCGCAGCGCGUGACCUGGCUUGACUUGGCCGUCUCCCUCUCUCUGCACAAGGAUGCGUGCAUCGCGGUGUGGCUGGACAUCCCCAUCGGCUCGGAUGGGGCGCCUGGAACGGAGCGGGCGCCCGCCCCACCGGCGACUGCUGCCGGGAGUGAUCGAGUUGGUGGAGAUUUCGGUGGUGGCACUGGCUGGCGGCGCGGCGUCGACAGCGUGGAGAUGUUUCGGGACCAGUCUCUGGCGGAGGAAGGAUCACAGUGGAACAUCGAUUCUUGUCCGCCGGGAGGAGUAGGCGCGGUUGCAACAGCUCCUGCCGUGCAUCAUGCUGUAGACACCUUCUUCCCAGUUGAGAAGAGCGCUACGGCGGCGGGGAUGGCCGCAAAACUGCCUGGAGCCGCGCCGGGGCAAUGGGGCGUGACGUAUCAUACGCCAGCCGCAGCGGAUGCUCCGAUGACUCGACCAGCGGACGAUUUCGGGCCGGUGUUGGCAUGGGGAGAAGAUCAACGGGCCGCGGAGGAUACUGCAAUACCGGAGGACGGUAGCGGGCCGGUGUUGGCAUGGGGAGGGCAGCAGCAGGUCGGAGGUGGCGGUGCUGCUGGUCCUGUGGCACGGACGAGAGAUGCCGUAGGCAACAACGGGUGGACUGCCGCACAUGACGCGACUAGCUAUCCGUCCCUGCCCAGCGCCAUGAACGGGAACAAAAGUGGCCGAUUCGUAGGCAGCCUUCAGAAACAAUUGCCUCGUCGCCCAAAACAAAGAGGCUUCAAGUCCAGCAGUCUCAACUCGAUUGCAAAACUGACCCCACAGUCGCAAGCAGAGGCUCCUGCUUCGGUGAAGCAGCCAGUAAAACCAAAGACGAGAUUGCUAACGCCUACAGAGAUUUCUUCGAGGUUUUCGGACUUGCAGGCCCCGCCACGGGUGCUUGCGCCUGAAGACGUGGGCGUGGCCGCGUCGGCCGGAAUCAAUCGCUUGGAGACGGGGCCGGCUGCAACAGCAGCGGCGAAGCGAGGUAAGGACCAUUCGUUUGCUCAACCGGUCGUGCUUGCUCUAGGACCGAACAGCUUUGAAGAAUGGACUUCCCGCUCCACGCUCCCCAUUCGAGGAAAUGAGGAAAACAGGAACACGAGUAAUAGUUCGUAUCGAUCGGAAGAAGCAGCAACCGCAGAAGGGGGACAGACUUUCGAUCAUCGCGAGCGUGUCAAGGCAGGAGCAGGGGAUGACGACGACCAAACAGACGGAGAGGAAGUCGACCUCGACGUCAGCGAUGGGGAAGCUUUUUUCGUGCUGGAAGAUAUGUUUGGAGGCCUGCUGCCACCGGAAACCCUGGAAAAUUUGUUCGCGGAGUCGGGGAAAUAUCUCGAAAAGGCCGUAAAAGAGGGAUUCAAGGUCUGUGAGGGCUUGUGGGGCCAGGGAGAAGCCAUAACCUUCCCGAACAGCCCGUCGUCAGACGGAUCCACGACGGACGACUUCCUGACUCCAAGCACCAGCGCCGGCACCGACGUUAGCACCAACGAAAAUGGUUCCGAGUCUUGGGACGACGAGACCCAUGGAGAGUUCGCGGACGUAUCACACUGGACGCACAAGCAGGUUGAUACGCUGACCGAGCUCUGCUUGGCUUUCGAAGCAACAAUCUCUCGUGAGACUAUCAUCGCGGCUCUCACAGCUUCCAACCACGAUGCAACGUCUGCUGCGCAGCUACUCUUAGACCCGGGGCCUGCAAACCCAAGGGAAAGGGGUGAGGGAAGGCGAAGCCGUCGAUAUGGAGGAGUUGCGCAGCGCGAACGCAAAGCGCGCCCUCCCCGGUAUGACGGUUGCUUGCCGACCGCCACAUUGCUGGGCGCGACAUGUGGCGUUGACCACAGAGCGGGAGCUCUCGGCGAGAGGGGGUGGGAGGAGGAGGAUGCCGAGGGAGAGGAGGAGGAGGAGGAGGAAGGGGACGAGGGGUUAACCUCCGAAGAGUAUCGCACCCGCGCGAACGCGGCGGCGGAGCUGAUGAAGGCUUGGUUUCAGAAGGCUGCCGAGGCUUUCACGAGAGGGGGGCGAAAUGGAGGCGCGGCAGCUGCUGAUCCUUCGAGGAUUGGGCAGCGCUGGAAGAAAAGUAUGGAGACGGCCAACCUGCGAGCUGCCCGGGAAGCGUUCCGAGAGAGAAACCCGUUAAUCAGGGUGGGACAUACCCGUGACGGCGUCGCGGUACUCAAGGUGCUGCGACUCCCGGAGCCAUCCCAAUGCUCUACUCCCGGCCAGCUGUCAGUAGACUUGCAUCUGCUGCGCAGAGCAGAGGCCCUAAACGUUCUCGAAACGGUUCUGCACGCCAUCCGACGGAGAGCGGGUGAACACACCGGGGUGCUCGUCAAUGGACCUCGGGCUCCCAAGCCAUCCCAACAACACAAAGAGCAUCCCGGCGUAGUCGCUGCUCCUGGUGGCCAUACGGAACCAUCCUCCUCGGGUGCUUCGUACACGCCGCCGGCCGCACAACAAGGAGAGGGGCUGCAACAUGAUCGUGUGAUGAGCGUGCUGAAAUUUGCGUCGCUCGAGGUGGUGGUAGGGAGAGGUGCCCACAGCGUGGCCGGCGUUCCCCGUCUGAGGCCGUGCGUAAUGGGUUACCUGGCAGGGAAAGGGUUCCGGGCGGAGGCGGUAGAAGGGGACAAGGGGAAAGGGGUUGUCGUAGUGGGGCUUACGUGA